UGAUGGAAAAAAAAUAUUUCUCAUACAAACUGUCGACGUUAACGCGUUUUUAAUACAGAAUUCAGCUUUCACCUGAAAAGUUACGCUAGAUUACAUAUAUUCCUGCAUCAUAUGAUGGUUGACAGUCACAUGGUAACCCUGUGUCCGCUCCGCCCUAUCCUUCGAUCCAUAGUGCGCCGCCGUGCCGCGCCGAGCCGGACCACUCGGGACCAUCUCCAGCGGGCCUCGGAGCCGAUGCCUCGGUGCUUCAGCGAUCAGUGGCUAGGUUCAACGUGCCGCGAAAAGUCACGUAGCCGCAUUGCUCCGGACCGCCCGUCUCUCAUGUCGUUUGUCACUCACGUGUAUCCGCCACCGAAAUUUGUCAUCCCGAAUUCGCAGAACGGCAGUCUACUGUUUUUUGGCGCGUCGUUGCUCCCUUUCUCCUAGGCUGAGCCUUUGUGUUGAUCGUCAGAUCCUCCUCAGUUCCGUUCCUUGUUUCAUCGCCGAUGCUCGCGUUGGAAACAGGUUAUCUCUCGCGGUGUGGUAUUAGUGCUUCAAGAGCUUUCAUCUCCACAGUUUGCAAUAUCUUGAUUCAACCCGUUAAAGUCAUAUCCCUACCUCAGGGUUGUUCCCGACGUACCCCUAAAUUUGUUCAUAUACUUGCCUUCCUCCGUACAUCAUUCCGUGUCCCUUCAUUCUGCUGAACCUUGUUCUAAGCCCAUAUCACAGCUCCUUCGCAGGUCGCAUUGUCAAAUCUGCGACACAUUUGGCAAACUUGUGAAAUCUUUAUCAGCGCAUUGCCGCCACCGAGGGUUGUAACCUUUGAAUUAUUCGAUACCCUGGCUACUUAAGGAUUCUUGUUCGCCUCUUGGAAAUACUCUUAUAUUUUGACCCGUCCCAUUUAGUUCAAUCUGUCAACGUUUAGUCUGAAACCUGGAAAUAGAGAGUGGGUUUUUAUCGUGCGUGCCUCAAGGCGUUGACCAACAUAAAUAUAGUGAUACCUAGUGGUUGGGAACAGGAGUGUUGGGCAUUGUGAUUUCGGUAAGACCGACCUCCCUGUAGAAUGGUCUCGAUUUACUCUCGGUGGGUGCAUGUCACUGUCCUGUGAUCGGAGGCGCUAAUCCGGGCACCAAAAGUGCGCGAUUCUGUAUCGCCCAAGUAGUAAUGAGAAAGCGAAAGAAGAAAUAGCGGACCCAUCGGGCGAGCUUUGGAUUUUGCGGAGAGAAAGCGGGGAAAAUGUGGGUUGCCAGCCUGCGGAGAGGCAAAUAUGACCCGCAGGUACGAGUGCCCCAAGUCGGAGUUGACGCUCUCGGGUUCAGUGACUCGUCGCAAGCACAGAGCUUUCCGAAACUCGGCCCGACGGCGACGAUGCCUCUCGACGACAUUAGGGGUCGUCGCGGGGUUCAUAGUGGGGCUGUUGCUCCUGGCCGCGGGGAGGCAGCGCUUGAUCCACUUGGACGACCGCAUCAUCUGCCACAACCGGCGAAGCAGUGUGGACGACUUGAUGAUCGAUGCGAGCCCUGUCGACCUGAACGUCAAUAGCGAGUACAAAGGCCUCGUCUUCGUGGGUGUUAUGACGGCCCAGAAAUAUCUGUCCACCCGCGCCGUCGCCGUCUAUGAUACAUGGGGGCGGGAGGUGGCCGGCAAGAUCGCCUUCUUCGCUUCACAGGUCUCGCAUCCGCCACCCAGCCAUCCCCAUCUCCCGCUGGUGCCCCUCAAGGGAGUGGACGACUCCUACCCGCCGCAGAAGAAGUCUUUCCUUAUGCUCCAGUACAUGUUCGAGAACUUCGGUGACCGCUUCGAGUGGUUCAUGCGUGCCGACGAUGACCUCUACGUUCACCCAGAGAAGCUGGCGGCGUUCCUCCGCUCGGUUGAUAGUUCCAAGUCCUACUACAUUGGGCAGGCCGGACGUGGGAACCAGAAGGAGUUCGGGCUCCUGAGUCUGGAGUACGACGAGAACUUCUGCAUGGGCGGCCCCGGGGUUAUACUCAGCCGCGCCACGCUGGCCAAGAUCGCCCCGCACACCAAGGAAUGCCUCCAGAACCUCUACACCACCCACGAGGACGUGGAGCUUGGCAGGUGCGUCCGCAAGUACGCUGGGAUUCCUUGUACAUGGUCUUACGAGAUGCAAACGAUUCUAUAUCACAACUCGAGCGGGAAAGAAGCGUUCACGGGGAACUUGAAACGGAAAGAGGUGCACCGCGCCAUCACCCUGCAUCCAGUCAAACAGCAUAACCACAUGUACAGAGUUCACAAUUAUAUGAAGAGCCUCAAAAUCCACGCUCUCCAACAAAAAACAGUGAUACUUAAUCGCGAUAUCGUGAAUAUGGCGAUUGCUCUGCACUACAGCGCUGAAACUGCCAGCAAGAUACACCUUGGGAAAAAUAUGACAUUAUUCGAGCUUGAAUAUGAGAGCCUGUAUGCACACGAACUUCCUCAACAUUUUGGGAUGACACCCGGAUUGAAUAAGUUCAAGCCGACGGAAACAAGUGAUGUUCUAAUGUGGGAUUUUUUGGCUCGUUCCUUGUACUCUGACUCGAGUAUAAAUCCUCGCAAGAAAAUCCACUCAGCUUUAAGAGAGGGCCUCGAAGACGUCAUCAGAGAA